AUGGAAGGCGUUUGGUGCGCCGUGCCCUACAAGAUAACUGUGAUUGCCGCCGAAGGCACGGCAGAAGCAAGCGAGGCGCAGAGGAUUGUCGACGAGGUCUUUGGCGAAACAGAGAAGACCUUCAGCCACUUCGUCGAAGACUCCGAGGUCUCGCAGCUCAACAGGCUUGCAAAGAAGACGCUCUUCAAGCCUUCGCCGGCCAUGAAGCAGGUCCUCUCCGCCGCGGGCACGAUCAAUCGCAUGACUCGUGGAGCCUUCGACCCUGCGAUUCUGCCCUUGGCAGCGCAUUACAAGAAGACCCCAGAAGUGGAACCGUCCAGCGACCUGAUAAGUUACAGUAAGUGGUCUGCCUUUGAGAUCACGGAGGAGGGUGUUACCAAGCAGCACGACAGCGCCAUGAUGGAUCUUUGCGGCUUGGCCAAGGGCUGGGCUAUUGACGAGAUGAGCCGGAGGUUGAAGGACUUUGGCUUCACUGCGAGCUAUGUAGAUUGGGGUGGUGACAUCAAAGUGAGUGGCCAGCAUCCGACAGGCCGCAACUGGACAGCCGCAGUUCUUGAGCCCUAUCCUCUGAACGGCUCCAGUGAGCCUGAGAAAGAGGAAACAAAGGCAGAGGCGGACUCGCACAUUGCGCACAUCGAGCUCAGAGAUGGCCAGGCCAUCGCCACCUCAGGCGACUACUUGCAACAGCUCAAAGACGAAAAGAACCAGAAGACUCGGUGCCACGUCUUGGAUGGUGGAAGUGACAAGAAGCUCGUGCAGAUCUCUCAUCAUUCCGUUGCCUCGGCUUCGGUGGUUUGCAGCUCCUGCAUGCUCGCAGAUGCCUUGGCCACGUCCGCCCUGGCUGUGGGGGAGACGUCCGUGAGGGAGUCACGGAAGCUCCUGGAGAUCUUCACAGGCCAUGCCCUCAAGGACCCGGUCACAGACUUCCUGCUUUUCUCGCGGCUGGGCCCUCGGGUGGUGCGCUGGCGCCCCCCGGGUAGCGAGGCUCAAGAGCACCGCGAGCUCCGCCACGCCUCGCACGAGGAAGGCGCCCAUGUGGUCAUCGUCGGAGGCGGUCUAGCGGGAGUCAGCGCCGCAGUCGAGGCCGUCAAGGCCAAGGCCACGGUGACCCUCCUUGAGAAGGAGGCUCAGCUGGGCGGCAACUCUGCAAAGGCCACGUCGGGUAUCAAUGCAUGUGGCACACGGGUGCAGAAAGCACAUGGCGUGGACGACGAUGUGCGAUGGUUGGAGCGCGACACCUUCGUGAGUGCCAAAGGGGGCAGCUCCGACCAAGGCUGCGUCUCGAUGCUUGCAUCCAAAAGCGCCGAGGCAAUCCAUUGGCUCAUCGACGAGCUUGGCAUUCCUCUUAGUGAGCUGUCGCAACUGGGUGGCCACGCCAAGAAGCGGACUCACCGCUGCCCGCCCAAAGCUGAUGGUACACCGGUGCCUGUUGGCUACACCAUCAUGCAACACGCUCGGGCAGCGGCCAUGGCCAUUCCCGGUGUCUCCGUGAAGACUAACUCCACCAUGAAGAGGCUGCUGCAAAAAACCCGCGAGGACGGAGCCUUGGAGGUCUGCGGCGUAGAGUACACAGAUGCCGACGGGGAGCUGCAGACUUUGUCUUGCGAUGCCGUGAUCCUGACGACCGGCGGCUUUGGUUUUGACCACAGCGACGGGAGCCUGAUGAAGCAGUACAGGCCCGACCUCGUAGGGGUUCCGACAACCAACGGGUCCUUUGCGAACGGCGAUGGCAUGAGGUUUGGGGCGGAAGUUGGGGCAUCCUUGGUGGACAUGGACAAGGUCCAGCUGCAUCCCACAGCCUUGAUCGACCCGAAGGACCCACUCUGCCACACGAAGUACCUGGGCCCAGAGGCCUUGCGAGGUUCGGGUGGAAUUCUCUUGGACCAGCAGGGACGGCGCUUCGUGAACGAGCUCGACUUGCGCAGCACCGUCUCCGCCAAGAUCUUGGAGCAUUGCGAGGAGUACCAUAUAGAUGGCUCCGCUGAAAAGGGCAGGCCCUGGUCUUGGUGCGUCUUGAACCAAGAGUGCCAGCAGAAGUUUGGCUUGCCGAUGCUCGGCUUCUACAAGAGCCAAGGCUUGUUCGAGGAGGUGACCGGCACAGCGGGCCUCGCAGCGCUGCUAGGCUGCGAGGAGCAGACCAUCCUCGACACUUUGAAAGACUAUGCUGAUGCCUGCGAUCAGAAGAUCUGCCAGAAGACCGGCAAAACGGUCUUCCCUUCCAAAGUCACCGAGAAAGACCAAAGUUUCGUGGUGGCCAGGAUCACGCCGUGCAUCCACUACUGCAUGGGCGGCUUAGAGAUCUCCCCAAGUGGCGAGGUCUUGACCAGGAAGGAUGGAGCCAUGGGAAAGCGCACGAAGAUCCACCGAUUGUUCGCGGCGGGGGAGUGCACUGGUGGAGUGCACGGUGGAAACCGCUUGGGCGGGAACUCUCUCUUGGAGUGCGUGGUCUUCGGUCGCAUAGCCGGAGAGAAGGCGGCGGCCAUCAACCAGAAAGAGCAGGGGCUGCUCUCCAGUGGCACGUGGCUCCCGGUGAGGCUGAGGGAGAUUCGCGACACAGACGAGAAGUACGGGCACAACACGGCCGUGUACCGGUUUGAGCUCCAUGGCUCCAUGCAGACGACGGGCUUAGAGGUGGGCAGAUACAUCGGCAUCAAGGGGGAGAUUGACGGGGACACGGUGACGGGCUUCUACAGUCCCAUCAGUCGGCCUGAGGACAAUGGGGUGAUUGACAUCUUGUGUCGAACGGACGAGAAAGGAGGGCCCAUCGUGAGCUUGUUGAACUCCAUGCAGCCGGGCUCGAGCUGCAUGAUGGCUGGCAUGGGGGGUGUCAAGCUAAAGCAAGACACAACUACUGGAGGCUUUACCUAUCAAGGCCGUCCCAUCAAGAAGCUCAGCCUCCUCUGCGGAGGCACAGGACUGGCGCCGGCUGUUCAGGUGGUCCGUGCCUACGUGAACAUGAUUAGCAAGUUCCCAGAACAGAUGCCGACGCCGGGCGAGGGUGGUGUUAAGAUUGUUUAUGCCGCAGACACACACGGUGACCUGGCCUUCAUCACAGCCCUGGAUCAGCUCAAAGAGCGAUUCCCGCAGCUGAUCUCCUACUAUCUCGUCCUCAACAAACCCCCCAGGGGUUGGGUACAGGGGAUUGGCUUUGUUGAUGGAGACAUCAUCAGGCAACGCCUCUGGUUUCCCGGCUCCGAGGACCAUGUCUGUGUCAUGUGCGGCCCACCGAUCUUUGAGAAGAUCAUGUGUGCCAACCUCGCCAAGAUGGGCUAUGACAGAGGCCAGUACUACUCCUUCGCAGAUCCAACAGAUUGCUGA